CCCCACCCACAAGGCCACCAUGUUGCUCUCUGCCAUCGCUCCCCUCAUUCUCCUUCCCUUCGCGUCUGCUGGGGUGCACAAGCUCAAGCUUCAGAAACUCCCUCAGAUUACUCCAGGCCACACUCAUGAGACCACCUAUCUUUCCCACAAGUAUGGUGGUCAGGUCGCUCAGCAGGUCCCUCUCAUGGGUGCUGGUGGUGCGGGUCGCAACUUCCGCCCUUCCCCUCACGAUGACGACCUUUUCUGGACUCAGGAGGUAGCCGUCGAAGGCGGUCACACCGUUCCUCUUUCGAACUUCAUGAACGCGCAGUACUUCACCGAGAUUGAACUUGGCAGCCCUGCUCAGACCUUCAAGGUCAUCCUUGACACUGGCUCGAGCAACCUCUGGGUUCCCAGUGCACAGUGCACAUCCAUUGCUUGCUUCCUCCACGCCAAGUAUGACUCGAGUUCCUCGGCUAGUUACAAAGCCAAUGGCACCGAGUUCUCUAUCCAAUACGGAACUGGCUCUAUGGAAGGCUUUGUCUCUCAGGAUACUUUAAAGAUUGGCGAUGUCUCCAUUUCUCACCAAGAUUUUGCCGAGGCCACGAAGGAACCCGGUCUGACGUUCGCAUUCGGGAAAUUCGACGGUAUCCUGGGUCUAGGAUAUGAUACCAUCUCGGUCAACCAUAUCACUCCUCCCGUUUACAAUAUGAUCAAUCAGGGUCUUCUGGAUGAACCUUUGUUCUCCUUCCGUCUUGGUUCUUCCGAAUCUGACGGCGGCGAAGCCGUCUUCGGUGGCAUUGACCAUUCUGCAUACACUGGUGACAUUGAGUACGUGCCCGUUCGCCGCAAGGCUUACUGGGAGGUCGAGCUCGAGAAGGUUUCUUUCGGUGGCGAUGAGUUGGAACUCGAGAGCACCGGCGCUGCCAUUGAUACUGGCACCUCACUCAUCGCUCUUCCCACCGACGUUGCCGAGAUGCUGAACACCCAGAUCGGUGCAAAGCGGUCUUGGAACGGCCAGUACACUAUCGAUUGCAGCAAAGUUCCUUCCCUCCCUGACUUCACCUUUUACUUCGGUGGCAAGCCGUACCCGUUGAAGGGAAGCGACUACAUUCUAGAAGUUUCGGGCACCUGCAUCUCGUCAUUCACUGGCAUGGAUAUCAAUCUCCCCGGUGGUGCCCUGUGGAUUGUCGGUGAUGUCUUCCUCCGUCGUUACUACACGGUUUACGACCUCGGUAAGGACGCUGUUGGAUUUGCCAAGGCUGUCUAAGCUUGGCAUGUCUGCAAUGGACUCCUGUCGAUACCUUCCUGUCCAAUUCUGUAGUAUAUUGCAUAAUGACGUGAAGUUUUUACUUAACGUGAACAUGGUUUCUUCAAUAUGAAUUGCAUUAAUGUUGC